AUGGCACUCAGUCGCAUGAAAUCCAAUGGGCCCGGCCAUAUCCAGUUCAACACUGAGAGAUCAGAGACGGCAACGACCGGCAACGUCGGAAACGAUGGACGCGUCAAGGUGCGAUUUCACGCCAACCCGCAAAAGCUUGCAAAAUGGUGCCAGGACUUUGAGGGCGCUUUCAAGGCCAGGCCCGGUGGCGACAAGAAUGAAGAAUUGGAGGAAACCCUACAGCGACGACGAACAAGCGAGGUUCUUGAGAAGCUGAGGAACAACCCUCCGGAGAGGAACCCCCGACUCAAUAUUGCCAUCCAUAUCGUCGGAUCUCGCGGAGAUAUCCAGCCAUUUAUCCCUAUCGCCCAGCUUCUCAUGAAGCCACCCUUUGGCCAUCGCGUAAGGAUAUGUACUCACCCAGUUUUCAAGGAUUUUGUAGAAUCGAAUGGGGUUGAGUUUUUCAGCAUUGGCGGGGAUCCGGAGGCACUCAUGGCAUACAUGGUGAAGAAUCCGGGUUUGCUGCCCAGCCGUGAAAGUGUGAAAGCCGGCGACAUUGGGCAAAGAAGAAAGGAAAUGGCCGAGAUUAUCAAUGGCGCAUGGAGAAGUUGCAUCGAAGCCGGCGAUGGUACUGGUGAGCAAAUUACAGCUGCCAACGUGAAGAACGCCGACGACCUUUUCGUUGCCGAUGCCAUCAUCGCUAAUCCUCCGUCAAUGGCACAUAUUCACUGUGCAGAAAAGCUCGGUAUACCGCUACACAUGGUGUUUACCAUGCCGUGGUGUCCGACGCAAGCUUUUCACCAUCCACUGGCGUCGAUGAGUUACGGCGAAGCAGAUACGAGUGUCGCCAACUACUUAUCCUUUGUGAUGAUGGAGCUUCUUACUUGGCAAGGACUUGGCGACUUGAUCAACAAGUUCCGCACCCAAACACUAGGAUUAGAUCCUAUCAGCCCGAUGUGGGGUUGUCAGCUCCUCCCAAGACUUCGCGUUCCCUUUACCUUUCUCUGGUCCGAGUCGCUUAUUCCAAAGCCCGCCGACUGGGAUUCUCAUAUAAACAUUACCGGAUUUUCAUUCCUUUCCUUAGCAGACAAGUAUUCACCACCAGCAGACUUGACUGCAUUUCUUGAAAGCGGUCCCCCGCCUAUCUAUAUCGGGUUUGGAUCUAUUGUCGUAGAUGAUCCAAAGGCCCUUACACAACUAAUCUUCGAUGCGGUUAGGAUCUCAGGGGUCCGAGCUAUUGUCUCCAAGGGCUGGGGCGGUGUUGGUGGUGGGGACAACGUUCCAGAAAACAUCUACCUAAUUGGUAAUUGCCCUCACGACUGGCUCUUCAAAAGGGUCUCUGCUGUCGUGCAUCAUGGUGGUGCAGGUACUUCGGCAGCCGGCAUCGCUGCUGGUCGGCCCACGGUGGUUGUUCCAUUCUUUGGAGACCAACCUUUCUGGGGCCAGAUGAUUGCUCGAGCGGGCGCGGGUCCUGCGCCAGUGCCGUUCAAGGAGAUGACGGCAGAAACUCUAGCAGCGAGUAUCACUUUUGCGCUGAAGCCUGAAGUACAGGUUGCGGUGCAGCAAAUGGCUGAGCGUAUUGCCGCUGAGGACGGCGCACGCGAUACAGCUAGUGAUAUUCAAGAGCGCUUGGCCGUCGAUGGUAUGCGCUGUGACAUUUGUCCGGAGAGGCUGGCAAAUUGGCGGCACAAAAAGACAGGGGCGCACCUCAGUAGUUUUGCCGUCACCUGUCUUGUGGACAAGGGGUUGGUGAAGCCGCACGAUUUCAAGCUUCUGAGACACAAGCACUGGUAUGUUGAUGAAGGCGCUGAGCAUCCUGUGAUCGGGCUCGUUGCCGCCGUCUCUGGCUUUUUUACUGCCAUUGGGAUAGCGACAUCUGAUUAUUCCCACCGGCUGCAUGCGAAAUACGACACGGUAACUCCUCCCGGUCAAACGACCGAACAGAUCCAACUAGAAAGGACAAAGUCAGAAGGGGAUGGUACCGAUACUACUACAAGCGACGCACCUGGUCAGAUUAACGGAGAUGAACCUCAAGGGCGAUUAAGACAUGUCAUGCGCGAGAACACCAUGACACCAGCGCAAAUGAACGCCGUCGCUCUCAAGAUGGCAACAAAGUCUUUGCAAAAUGUCGAUCCAGCAACCGAUGUUGCCAUGCUAGAUAAUGUCCCGGAUGGCAAGAGAAAGGCAUCGGUUGUAUCUUAUCAGCAACGUCGACGAGGAAGGGCUAAGGAGGUCACGCGUGCGACAGGCCGAUAUGGGUUUGAGAUAGCCAAAGCUGGCUUGAAAGCGCCAGUCGCGGUAUUCUAUAAUGUCGCGAAUGGCUUCCACAACUAUCCUUCCUACGGAGCUUUCAGCCAUGAGGUCCGCAGACGAGAUGAGAUCACAGGACUUGGUAGUGGUCUCAGGACUGCUGGGAAAGAAGCUGUUCUGGGGACCUGGGACGCAUUCCGUGGCAUUGUGGUACGACCUUACAAAGGAGCUAAGGAGGAGGGAAUCAAGGGAUUUGGUAAAGGGCUUUAUCAAGCCCCCCGCGGGUUCGGUUGUAAUCUUUUUGCAGCUAUAUUUGGUUUGCCUGGCUAUACUUUGAAGGGCAUAGAGAAAGAGCUUUCAAAGCGUAGCCUCACAAAGUUGAAGGCUGAAGUUUUAUUAAUUAGACUCAGGCAAGGUAUCAACGACUAUAGAAAUGCGACUCGAGAGGAACGGGAGGAGGUGGUGGCACAUUGGAACAAAUUCCGGUCAGGACAGGCUUAA